GCAAAAUUUCCGCACGAACAAGAAUAACAGACAACGCUGUUUUUUGCCGUCGAAGGCGUGACACCCUUUAACAACUUUGGUUCGCAUUCGGAUUUAACCCUCCAUAAAAGACAGACAACACGAGACCAAGCACAACUUUUGUUUCCCGUCGCAUCCUAUGGCGUGACACCCUUAACAACUUUGGUUCGCAUUCGGAUUUAACCCUCCAUAAAAGACAGACAACCCGAGACCAAGCACAAUUUCUGUUUCCCAUCGCUGGACACCGAUCGUUACAGAUUAAUCAGAUACGUUAUUGAGCCUCUAAAGCUUCCACAUCUUGCCUGCGACCAAUCAGAAACCAAAGGUUACCAUCCAUUUCCAUGAUAUCGAAAGGUAAAAUGACGCGCUUUGGAAUCUUCCUAGUCUUCACGGCAGCAUUCGGAACGGCCCGUCACGGUGCUUACGCGCAAACCGAUCCAGCAGCGGACUGCCUCAACGCUGUCGCCGAUUACGUUGCUUGCCUAGCAAGUAAUGACGAUUGUACGGAUUGUGACGCUGAGUUCAUGCCAUUGGAUCCAUCGUCCACUUCGUUCAACCUUGAAGAAGCCGUUUGCCCUGCUGUCAACUGUUGUCAAACUUGUGCGGAUGCUGCUCGAGGCUUUUAUCAGUGCUUUGUCGGUUCAUUGUGCACCGCAGAUUUCGACAUAUCUGGUUGCGACUUGAUCUGCGAUCCUACCACUUAUCCCUAUACCAACGAGGGCACGGCCAGUGAUUCUCCGUGUGCGCAGGAAGAGUCCGCCUUUGCUGGCUGCAUCGUGCGCGAUGCAUGUUUGAGCUCUUG